AUGGCCGCCAACGGAGACAGCAACGGCCACAGCACUGGCACCGGUACUGAACGCAUCAACACCGACAUUAUCACGCUCACACGACAUCUUACUGAAGAACAAGCAAAGCAUAAGGAAGCCACCGGUGAUUUCACACUACUAUGCCACGCCCUCCAGUUCUCGUUCAAAUCCAUUGCCUAUUACAUUCGACGUGCUACCCUGAUCAAUCUGACCGGGUUGGCCGGUUCCUCCAACACCACUGGUGACGAUCAGAAGAAACUCGACGUCAUCGGAAAUGAUCUAUUUGUGGCCGCCAUGAAAGGCUCCGGUCGGUGCAGAGCACUGGUUUCGGAGGAAGAGGAUGAGGUCAUCUACUUUGAUGAGCACCCCAACGCUCGAUAUGUCGUCUGCUGUGAUCCAAUCGAUGGCUCUUCCAAUCUCGACGCCGGCGUCUCGGUCGGCACCAUCUUUGGCGUAUUGAAGCUACCCGAUGAGUUGAUUGGAAAGAAACCCACUCCCGAGGACCUUCUCAUGCCUGGCACCGAGUUGUUGGCUUCUGGAUUCACUAUGUACGGCGCUUCAGCCCAGCUGGUUAUCACCAUGAAAGGCGGCACCGUGAAUGGUUUCACUCUGGACAACGCACUCGGAGAAUUCAUCCUCACUCACCCCGACAUGCGUAUUCCCAAAAAACGUGCCAUCUACAGUGUCAACGAAGGAAACUCCAUGUAUUGGGGCGACAAGACCAAGGCCUACUUUGAAGGAUUGAAAUACCCCAAACAAGAGGGCGGCAAACCAUAUUCAUCCCGUUACAUUGGGUCCAUGGUCGCCGAUGCGUACCGCACACUGCUGUACGGGGGCAUCUUUGCCUAUCCUGCCGAUAAGAAAAGUCCAAAGGGUAAAUUGCGCAUUCUCUAUGAAUGUGCUCCCAUGGCCAUGGUCAUGGAAAAUGCCGGUGGCAAAGCCAUUGAUUCAAACAUGACCCGAAUGCUCGAGGUCAAGCCAGCAAGCAUUCAUGACCGGUCGGGCAUCUUUAUGGGCAGCCCCGACGAAUUGGACAAAGUUCUUGAAGCACACAAGUAA